AUGAUACGCAAGUUUCCAUUUGAGGGUAAUGACGCUGCCUAUAUUGAAUUCCUUGAAGCACAAGUCCUUCAGCUUCAGGAUUAUCUUCAGCAAACAUCUCAGCAACAUACCGAAAAUGAAGCGCCACUGAGAAGCACAGCAAAUUUGAACGAGCGUCGGAAUCAGGACGAGACUUUUGAAAAUUACAAUCGCAACACAUGUGAAUCUCGAUACGCGUCAGAGGUCCAAUACCAUAGUGACAGCGUACAACCCGCCCCAGAAGAUCUUGAACAUCGACAUUUACACAAAGGUGACGGCGAUUCUGCUGCUCUAAAAGUCAUAGAAUACGACCCGAAAGCCCAUAUUGAUCGGAAUGGAACUGAUAAAUGCCCACGAAACCAGAGCAAUGAACCUCAACGCCAGCAACUGUUGGCAAAAUUAACCACCUCCUUUAACAAUCUACCGCGAUCGGCAGAGUGGAAAAAUUGGGUUUCGAUCUUUAAUAGCAAUCAACGUCGACAAUUUCUACGAGAUCUGAUACAGACUUGUGGUUCAAGUGCAUCGAGCUUUGGUCCGCAGACAACACCCAAGAUAUUGGCGGGCGUGCCAUCGAACUCGACGAAUAUAGCCAUUUUGUCUAACUAUGCCAAUUCCAUGGUAUCGUUUGGCAUCCUGGACCGACAGCUUGGGAAUUUCCGCCAAGUGUUGUUCGUUUCGCUUUGUGCAGUUGUAUUGGAAACGGUUGAAGACAAAGACAAUGUUUUCGAAGUGAUGCGGAAAAUCAUGGGAUCGGAUACUUCUUCGAAGCAGCUUAUGAAGCUUGUUCGUGGCGCAAAAUGGGUGAACAGUUUCAUUUCGCUAUUGUCUACAACGAAAUGGGCAUCUAUGAGCUGGGAUGCUAUUUGUGUUGCCGGGCUUCCAGUAACCUUCUACGCCCGAGUCAGCGACUCUUCCCUGGAUCCUCAAACGAUAUUGGAUGGGAUGAAGACCGAUGCUUAUGAGUGCAACACGUCAUCCGAUUGCGCAAACUCACCCGCGCCAUUUGCGAUCCCCUUAAUCGUCAACGCAAUUUUCGGAGACAGCGCUUCGUGGGUUACUCGCAUCUUUCAAGACUUCUAUGACUGA